GCCAUGGACGGCACCGGCAACGCCACCCUGCUCUUCGACCCGUCCUCGCUGCAGCCGGACUACACCUUGUCGCCCAACGCCAGCAGCCUGAGCCCCGGCCCAGACGCCCCCCUGGCGCCCGCCUCCAGCGCCGGCCCCAGCCCCGGGCUCAGUGUCGCGCCGGGGCCCGGCGUCAGUUUCAGCCCCGGCCCCACUCCGACCCUGACGCCGACGGCCGGCUGCUUCGCGGGUGGCGCCGCCGGCCCGAGCCCUACCUCGUUCGCUCACCCCGAGGCCGCCCACGAGCCCCCGUUCUGGGACACGCCGCUGAACCACGGGCUGAACGUGCUUGUGGGCGCCGCCCUGUGCAUCACCAUGCUGGGCCUGGGCUGCACGGUGGACGUGAACCACUUCGGGGCGCACGUCCGUCGGCCGGUGGGCGCGCUGCUGGCCGCGCUCUGCCAGUUCGGCUUCUUGCCGCUGCUGGCCUUCCUGUUGGCGCUCACCUUCUCCUUGGACGGGUCGGCCGCCAUGGCGGUGCUCCUAUGUGGCUGCUGUCCCGGCGGGAAUCUCUCCAACCUUAUGUCCCUGCUGGUUGACGGCGACAUGAACCUCAGCAUCAUCAUGACCAUCUCUUCCACGCUCCUGGCCCUGGUCUUGAUGCCACUGUGCCUGUGGAUCUACAGCCGGGCUUGGAUCAACACUCCUCUGGUGCAAUUACUGCCCAUAGGCACAGUGAUCCUGACUCUCUGCAGCACUCUCAUCCCUAUUGGUUUGGGUGUCUUCAUUCGCUACAGAUACAACCGGGUGGCUGACUACAUUGUGAAGGUUUCCCUGUGGUCUCUGCUAAUGACGCUGGUGGUCCUUUUCAUAAUGACCUGCACUAUGUUAGGACCCAAACUGCUGGCAAGUAUUCCUGCAGCUGUUUAUGUGGUAGCGAUUUUUAUGCCUUUGGCAGGCUACGCCUCAGGCUAUGGCUUAGCUACUCUCUUCCAUCUUCCACCCAACUGCAAGAGGACUGUGUGCCUGGAAACAGGGAGCCAGAACGUGCAGCUCUGUACCGCCAUUCUAAAACUGGCCUUUCCACCGCAAAACAUAGGAAGUAUGUACAUGUUUCCCUUGCUUUAUGCCCUUUUCCAGUCUGCAGAAGCAGGGAUUUUUGUUUUAAUUUAUAAAAUGUAUGGGAGUGGAAUAUUGUACAAGCAAGAUCCUCUAGAUGAGGAUGAAGAUACAGAUAUUUCUUAUAAGAAACUAAAAGAAGAGGAAAUGGCAGACACUUCCUAUGGCACAGUGAAAGCAGAUAAUUUAAUUAUGAUGGAAACCACUCAGACUUCGCUCUAA